UUAAUUUGGCCAACCAUUGGGGAUUUUUUUUCCUAUGGAUAAAUGAAGUCCCAUCUUUCCCUGUCUUAAACCCUAAACGUAAGAGACAUUGAUGCUCUUUGAGAAACCCUAGCCUCCUUUUCUGCAACGUCAAUUAAGCUGCGAAAAAUGACUGGAGAAGCAGUGAACCCAAAGGCAUACCCACUGGCUGAUUCUCACCUCACCAUUACAAUUCUGGACCUGGUUCAGCAAGCAGCCAACUACAAGCAGCUGAAAAAGGGCGCUAAUGAAGCCACCAAGACCCUCAACAGGGGUAUCUCCGAGUUCAUUGUCAUGGCUGCUGAUACCGAGCCUCUCGAGAUUCUUCUUCAUCUUCCCCUUCUUGCGGAAGAUAAGAAUGUGCCGUAUGUUUUCAUCCCAUCAAAACAGGCUCUUGGGCGAGCAUGUGGUGUCACGAGACCCGUCAUUGCUUGCUCUGUGACAUCAAAUGAGGCAAGCCAAUUGAAAACACAAAUUCAACAGCUCAAGGAUGCCAUCGAAAAGCUCUUAAUAUAGAUUAUUACGGAAUGCAUAUCGGGUGGGUUGGGCCUCUUUGAAAGUGGUUACUCCUUUAGAAGCGUUGCUUUAUAUCUUAAACCCUGUUGUAUUUUCAAGUUUUGCAUCGUGAGGAAAACUUUUGGCAUUAUUAAUACUAAACACCAAAUUCAGGAUUAAUGAAGCUUUUAUUCGUAUGUA